GAACACUUCUGUCACAGUGCAUUUUGAUAUAGUACACAGUAGCAUAUAUGUCUAGUAUAUAGGGAUGCACUGAUGUUUUGCCAGUUUGUUCUCAACCGGUCCUCGCCCUUCUCAGUCUCUUUUGUCAGGGUUGAAUGUGUCCCUCUGACAACACCCUUGGCCCCAGCCUUGAGAUGGUGUUCUUUCUCUGCUGGACACCGUACAACAUCACACUCUAGUGGACACACUUAUUUCUAAUGUCACCUGUGGAGUCAGAGCAGCCCUCGGGAAAGCCAUAGUUGUCACAUGUUCUUUGGGUUACCCCCACUGCAGCCUCAAUCCUAUCCUGUAUGCCUUUGUGGGUGUGAAGUUUCGACGCCAGCUCCUGGACAUUUUAAGGUUUCACUCAUGACCGAAGAGGACAUUUAUACCUUUACAGGAGUUGGUCUCCUCGAAGGCCUAGAUGACUUGUAUGACAACACCUCUUAUGGAUAUGACGACUGCUGUAAUCAGGGGGAUGUCUGUGACCUGAAUGAAGGCAUGCAUUUUCAGGCGGUGUUCAUCCCGGUUCUGUACUCGGUGACCUUCAUUGUGGGUGUGCUGGGAAAUGGAGUGCUGCUGGGAGUUCUCGCUCGGAGCAGGAAGGCCUGGAGUGUGACAGACACCUUCAUUCUCCACCUGGGUGUGGCCGAUGUCCUGCUGCUGCUUACAUUGCCCCUCUAUGCCGCUCAGGCUGCUCAGGAUGACGGAUGGACCUUUGGCACCCCCCUCUGCAAGAUCACGGGAGCUGUUUUUACGAUCAAUUUCUACUGUGGGAUCUUUCUCCUGGCCUGCAUCAGUCUGGACCGGUACCUCUCCAUUGUCCACGCCACACAGAUGUACUCCAGCAAGAAGCCCUGGGUUGUUCACAUCAGCUGUUCGACAGUGUGGAUCUUCUCUGUGCUCCUCUCCAUCCCUGACUGGUACUUUUUGGAGGCUGUGAUGGCUCCCAGACGAGACAACAAAACAGAGUGUGUUCGCAACUACCUUCACGCUGGAGUGGAGGGAUGGCGGCUGUCAUCAAGGGUGAUCUACCACACAGUGGGGUUCCUGCUACCUUCAGUUGUCCUGAUAUUUUGCUACUCCUGCAUCCUGCGGCGACUGCAGUGUGGCUCGCAGGGCCUCCAGAAGCAGAAAGCUUUCAGGGUCAUCAUGGCUGUUGUGAUAGUGUUCUUUGUCUGCUGGACACCGUACAACAUCACACUUAUGGUGGACACACUUAUUUCUAAUGGCACCUGUGGAGUCAGAGCAGCCCUCAGGAAAGCCAUAGUUGUCACAUGUUCUUUGGGUUACCUCCACUGCAGCCUCAAUCCCAUCCUGUAUGCCUUUGUGGGUGUGAAGUUUCGACGCCAGCUCCUGGACAUUUUAAGGUAUCUGGGCUGCAAGCUGAAGACAAGUGUCCAACUCCAAUCUGUUGGCAGCAGGAGAAGCUCCUUUUGGUCAGAGUCUGCCAACACUUCAAACUCCAUCGCUAUCUGAUUAAAGAGAAACAGACACCUGAUCAUAGAUUGUAUAAGAUUAAGAUUAAGCCUUCUGUCCUGGAAAAGUGAAUCAUAUUCAGAAGUGCAGUAAAACUGAGUUGAUCUCUGUGACAGCCUCCUGCCUCUAGGGCCUGCUGUUGCUUUGUCUUCCCUUUUUUCUGUUUUCUUGUCUUGCCACGCCUGGGUUGAUUCCCUAGGUUGAUCCCCUAGGUGUAUAAAGAGCUGGCUAUUAUCCUCUUACUGGCAGCUCUGUUCUUCAGCGAGGUGAUUCCUCCUCGGCACCAUGUUUUGUUUAAUUACUUCUUUUGUUAGUUUAGUUCCUGUUUAUUGAGUUGGUAACCUUUUGAGGUUAUGUUUUGUAAAUAAAUAUAUUUUGUUCCUUUAGUAAAACCCGUACUUCUCCUCCUUGUUUCCCAUGACUUUGCGCCGGGUCGUGACAAUCUCAUGGCCAGCAGUGGUUAUAAAAAUACCCCUAGUGUAAUAUAGACAAUAACCAUGGUAUGCUUUAUUGUUCAUUUGAUCCAAAAAGGCAACUGGACUUAGUUGAAGCUCUGGAGACAUUUCACUUCUCAUCCGAAAGGUUUCUUCAGUUUCAAAAUGACUGGUGGACAGUGCUAGACAUAUAAGCUUCUGUGAGUUUUAAGUAUGCUUAUGAUCACUUUGGUGGAAUGGUAGUCAGCCUGGCUAUUGACCUCAUUUCACCUGAAGUCAUUAACAUCCUCUUUUGAAGGUGAGCUCUUGGGGCCACCUGAUACAGUAUGUUCAUGGGUCUUCAGCUGUAUUGACAAAAGGGACCAGAUAAAAAGCCAUGAUAAUGAAUUCUAUUAGACUACAUUGCCAUUGUUAGCAUACUCAUAACCCACAGAGGCUUUAAAUUUCUAGUACAACAUUCUUCCUCUCACAAAACUUCUGUGAGUUGUUUUGCCCCUGACUCACGGGCGCCACCUAAUGGUGUAAAUAAUACAGUGCAUGUGAACUACAUGAACAUCAGUUGCUUGGAAUACUGUCCAGGAGAGCAAGUUAACUCAUGAAGCAAAUUCUGAACUCAAAUUGAGUGUUGAAACUAUGAAAAAUUAUAAGAUUAAUUAUUAUAAUGAAAAAAUACAUCCAUGGGUUGCCUUAAACUUCUACCAAAAAUCAUCAACUCUCAUGUAAAGUUCAGAAAUCAUUAUUACACACCAAUGUCAAAAUCAAUACUACGUCCUUGCAUAGACCUUAUUAAACCUUGGGAACCAGUUAAAACUGAAAUUGAAGAAAGAGGAAUGAAGGACUGUAUAUAAUGUGUUCUUGUGUUUAUCUUGUUAUACUCUUUCCUUUGCUUUCCUUUAAUUCCCUGUAGUCCACAUGGCAGCUAAACAUGAGCGUGACGGCUCACUGAAUAAAAAAAACUUUUGCGGUUUUA